AAUCAACUAAAAUGACGUUUGGGUUGUUGCCCUGUCGCUCGAGAAUCCAGAUUGCAAUCUCAUCGUUGUUCAUUGCCGAUCUACUGUCCCCCACUCACAGAAAGAUCGACCUUGAAGACGAAGAGAUCGAAGGCAAUCGAUCGAUCUGGGACCGAUGUACCUGCUGAACCCUCCUGCCUAUGGCCACCCAUACGACGACGGCGAGGAGCGGCCACCAUUCGUCCUCAUGGAGCCACACGCCUACUUCGCCGACCGCCACAACGCCACCACCGCCACCUGCAGGAUCACCGGCUUCAACGGAACCUUCAAGGUCACCUUCUGCGCCGUCCGCCCGCCGCUCGUCUCGUACAUGUGCUUCCACGCCACAGAUUACAAGCACACCGAUUUCGCCGUCGACCCCCGCGUCCUCGCCACGGAGACCGACGGCGGCCUCGUCCUCCUCCGCGUCGUCUUCUGCGACCGUCUAUCCGCAAUGAACUUUCCCCACUAUGGGGAAUACCUAGUCUACGACGCCAGCGGACCCUCGCUCGAGCACCUCCCGUGCCCCACCGACGUCCUGUUCAGCGACGACUCGGUUGCCUUCGUGCGCAAGGGCACCCAUGACGACGGAGCCAGCAGCCACAACUACGUCCUUGCUGCGCAUUCCGGCGGGAUCGGGUAUGGAGAUUCUGCUGAACUCUACCUUUAUCACUCUGAUACCAACACCUGGACAACGAAGCGGCUGGUGCUGAAGCCGCAACAAUUCUCAGACCCAGACACGUACCACUCCACGUGCAAGGCGAUCACCAUCGGAGGAUAUGGAGGCAUUGUGGCCUGGGUAGACCUCUGGCAUAACAUCAUCCUCUGCAACGUGCUCGCCGAACGCCCCAAGCUCCAUUGCUUAGAACUGCCAGCGCCGAUCGUGCCGGUCGAUGAGUCAUCCCAAAGCGAUCCAAGCUGUGUCCGGGACAUUGCCCUCCUUGACGAUGACUUGUUCAGGUUUGUCGAGAUGCAGUUUCAUGUAGCCCAGCCGGGAUCGUCGUCUGGCACCUCGGGGUACUGGGAGGCCAAAGUAUGGAGUGCCAAGCGAAAUAGCUCAUCGGUCAAGGAUUGGCACGCCGAUUACGAGUUCAGGUCAUCUGAUAUAGCCGAGCUGCCCAUCCUGCAGGUUGAUCCGGGUAAAGCUCAGCCAACCUUGUCGACUCUUCACACCGACAUGCCCAACGUCAGCCUACAAGAGGAUGGCAUUGUCUACUUCCUCUCCAAGGUUUACCACUGCAACAACGACCACGUAGCGUGGGUGCUUGCUGUUGACAUGAGAAACAAGAAGAUAGAGAAAGUGGGCGAGUUUAGACCCACGAGAACCGUCGGUUUAGCUGAUGGAUACAGUGCAACUAGGAUCUCCAAAUAUCUCAAAGGACAAUUCUUUUUUAGAGGACCAGGACAAUUCUUAUAAGGAUUAAAGUAACGGUUUUUACGCUUAAGGUACAAAGCAAAAUCCGAAAUGAUCACUGAUGCCGUUGCUGAAAUCCUCUAGCAAGAAGUAAAUUGGAACCUCCAUGUUUAAUUCGUAUGGGUGGCGCUGAAGUGCAAGAAAUAAGCAUGGUAACGAAGGGGACAUGUGACUAGAGAAUAAUUUUGGGUACUAGACUAUAUCAUGUUUCACUGCUAUGUAUAAAUUAUCAUGGCGCUUUUGUCCAUCUUUUACUUAUUUUAGGACUAUAUGGAUAUAUACUAAGGAUCCUUCUAGACCCUGUCCAUCUUUUAUCUAUUGUCUCGCCACUUAAUCUACAAGUAUAUUUAUUAUGUAUGCUUUAUAUCAGUCUUUGCUUCACUCUUGACUGGAAGUGGAAGGUGCGAAGAAUUUUCAGCGAUGUAUAUGAUUGUACAGUGGGGCAAAGCCCAACACCAGUUUUUAUGUAUCUGUUUAUAAAACAGAAGUAUACAAAAUAUACAAGAGAGCUGUAGAUGAAAUCAGAACAUGGCCAAUGUCUGUUUACGACCAAUCUACAAUCCAGAGGAUGAUGAAGUAUGGAUCAAUAAGUGAAGAUCAAUAUUAAAGUCUUCUAGAGAAAUUGUAUUCAUUUUUUCAGUUUCAUCAAGUUGAGU